CUCCGCGGCCCCCACCCCCGCAGUCCUGCCGCGCGCCGGGCCUGACCAGCCUGACCGAGCCCCAGUGCCGGUCGCGCAGUGUCCGAGUCCGUCGCCCGCACCUCCUCGCCGACGAGCAGCCCCGCGGCACAAUACUACGCGCAAACCGCACCGGCGAGGGCAGGCGAUAUUAAAUAUUACCAUCAUUACGACGGGCAGCAAGUGUACGCGGCGGCGCGGGGGCGGCGCGGGGGCGGCGCGGGGGCGGGCCAGCUGAUCCGUCACUGUCCGCGCACGCGGCGGCCCGCCCCGCCCCGGCCCCGCGCGUCGCCACGCCACGCGCCCAUGACGGAUCUCGCGCCGAAGAGACGGACCGCCUCCCUUCCAAGUAUCCCGCGCACUCCUUGUAGGCGUCCGCGGGCGGCCACCACCGCGCGGGGCUGAGGCCUCGGCUGAGGCCGCCAUUUCUCGUCACUUGAUGUGCCAUGGAGUCUGACGGCGGCGAUGUCUUCGACGAGCUGCUCCGUCGCGAGGCCCCGCCCGGCGCGUGCCGCCUGGCCGUGGACGCUACGCUGGGCAGGCACUUGGUGGCCACUAGGUCCAUCCCCGCAGGGGACGUUUUCCUCCGGUGCGAGAGCCUGAUCGCCGGCCCCAAGGCGACCGGCGACGCGGUGUGCCUGGGCUGCUGCCGGCCCCUCGGCCCCGGCCCCCGAUACGCGUGCGAGGGCUGCGGGUGGCCGCUGUGCUCCGCGGCGUGUGGGCGCGCCCCCGGGCACCGCGACGAGUGCGUCGCCCUGGCCGCCGCCCCGGACGACGCCCGGCCGCGGCCCGCGAGCACCCCGCCCGCGCACUGGUACGCGGGCGUGCUGCCGCUGCGGUGCCUGCAGCUGCAGGGCCUCGAGGGCCGCGCAGUGCGCGCGCUCCAGUCCCACCUGGGCGAGAGGACGCGCGCCUCGGCGGCGUACCGCGGCCAGGGCCUCCAGCGCCGCGCGGCGGGGUUCGUCGCCCGGGUUCUGGACGUCCCCGAGGAGGAGGCCCUACGCAUGGCUGCCGUCCUGGACACCAACGCCUUUGACGUCGGCCGCGACGGCGUGGAGGCCAGGGCGCUGUUCGGCUCCGUGUCCAUGCUCGCGCACGACUGCCAAGCCAACGCCCGUUGCGCCAUGCUGGGGGAGCUGGAGCUGGGGGUCCUGGCGCAGCGCGACAUCGCCCCGGGCGACGUCGUCUGCAUCUCGUACUACGCCGACAGCCUGCGGGGCCCGCUCGAGCGCCGCCGCCACCUGCGCGCCACCAAGUGCUUCGACUGCUCGUGCGCGCGGUGCAGCGACCCCGCGGACCUGGGGCUGCACCUGGACUCCAUCCGCUGCAUCCGCUGCAGGCCGCGGGCAGGCACUCCGCUCCUGCUGGUCUCGACGGCGGCGCUGGACAGCGCGGCGGACUGGCGCUGUCCUCGCUGCGCCUUCACGCUGUCCGCGGAGCAGAUGCUGCUGGGGCACCGUCGCCUGCGAGCCCAGGUGGACGCGCUGAACGGAGGCGGCGGCGGGGAUCCGGCCAGGGCCGAGGCGUUCCUGGCGGAGCACCUGGGUCCGGGCGGGCUCCUGCACGCCACCUCCGCCCACAUCCUGCGCGUCAAGCACGACCUGCUCGGCGGCGCCUACGCCUUCAUACCGGGGUGCACGCCCGCGUUGGCCGUGAGCGACGACCGCCUCGAGCGCGCCACGGCCAUGUGCGUCGACAUGCUGGAGGUGGUCAGCGUGCUGGAGCCGGGGCUGAGCGUGCUGAGGGGGUCGCUGCUGCUGCGCCUGCUGGGGCUCCUGCUGGAGAGGGCCAGGAGGGGUGGCGCCAGGGAAAACGUGCACCACGCGCGACGGCUGUUUCGCGAGGCAGAAGUCAUCUUUAUGGACCUUGAUACCAAGGUAGAGCUACGAAAAAGGAAGAAAAUCAUGGAGAUGUGGAUAGGUGAAAAUAUCAAGCUUGAAGACGAACAACAGGAGGAAGAAGGAAGAGCCGCCGUCUUGUCGCCUCGCUAAUUGCCGAGAUGUUGUCCGUCGUUCGAACCACUGAAACCAGUCCCCAGCCUGCCGGGGCAACUGCUGCAGCUGCGGAUGGAAGGGAGAAAGAUCGUGUCAAGUCUGACGUUUCCAAUGAGUGACCGGGAGCCCCAUCUGAUGUUGAAUGGGUGUCAUGUCGUGAGGUCAUUCGCGGAAGCGGGAGGGCCGGCGCGCCACGAGAAUCUCCAUCUCCAUCCACCCAUGAAUAAGAGGAUG